AUGGGCCGUGCUCAACGUCCCCCAUGCUUCCAAUGCCGGUGCCGCAAAGUUCGAUGUGAUCGCCGAUUAGAUCAAUGUGGAAAUUGUGAACGUCUUUCCUUCAACUGCUCCUUUCAAAAAGUGUCGGACAGAGACUCUGUCGUGCGCGCAGACUCCAGAGUCCAGACUGACCACCCUGGCCGACGUCGAGGAAUCCAGGCGUGCACAGAAUGUCAUCGUCAGAAAGCACGAUGUUCAGGAGAAUUCCCUGAAUGUACCAAUUGUCAGCGACGACGAAGGCCAUGUCGAUACCCGGGCUCAUCAAGCCGGCUUGGCCACAAGGCACAGCAUCACUCGUCACCAGACCAGGACAACGUUGGUCAGGAUGGGAAUGAAGAGAUAUCUGGGCAGGCUAUCCAUCGCAAGGAAUUAGAGGAGAGGGUCGAUGACUAUUUCAAAUAUCUUUACCCUAUUCCUCUAUACGCCUUUUUACAUGAGCCAUCCAUCCGACAACACUGUACUGAGGGUACACUGAAUCAAAAUUUAGCCUGCUCGAUUGCUGCUGUGGUCAAAGAGGUCCUGUCACCGAACCCAGGCUACUCGGAUGAGUGUCAGCUUCGGAUAGCGCAGGUGGAAACACACAUCUGGAAGCAACUAGAGAGACCCGACAUAAUUUGUCUUCAAUGUUUACUACUCGUGAUUCAUUACUUUAUCCAAGUUGGGCGAUUUUCACGAGCUUACAUGCUUGCUGGGCUGGCCGCUAGAGGAGCCACUGCCCUGCGACUCAACCACGAACGGCCCGAGCUGAGUUUCAUCGCCCAAGAGACCCGACGAAGAGUCCUAUGGGCUUUGAGUUCUAUCGAUGGCUCGUUCUCCGUCGGACUACCCGAAUACGAAACCAUCCCCCAUGCAGUUAUCUACCAGCGACUUCCUUGUUCAGAAGCAGCAUUCCGCGACGGCCGGCUUACACUUACGCCGGGUACCAACUGGUUCUGGCGGGGUAACAAUGACUCCGCAGAAGGCUGCAGCCUAUUUGCGGCGUGCAUUCGUGUUGCCAAAAUCUCGAAGGAUAUUAUGCGGCUUACGCGGCAGCUUGCUCUUUCGGAACAACCACUCACACAGUUGAGUGGACUCAUCCAGGAAAUCCAGAACGACCUGUGGAGACUCCAGACAGAUGUCGAGCUUUCUUUCCAAUACCGGGUUUCAUCGCCGGCCCAAGUAGCCCAGAUGAGAAGCUCGCGCUGGUUUGUGCGCUAUCUUCAGAUUUCCAUCACCUGGAACCAGGCACAUUGUGACUUGUACCGCUUAUUCCUACCAGAUUACAACGGAGCUGCCCCAAAAAUAAUCACAGAUUCUAUCGACCAUGAUCUCAAAACUCAGGCUCUGGAAAAAUGUCAAGAACAUGUCCUGAAUAUUAAUUGUAUUAUUCGUGGAAUUCUAGACUUUUCCCCGCUCCCAGUGUUACUUCCACCCUACGUCGCUGUGUGCGCAUACCACGCGACCCGCUUGACACUCUUUCUGCCUUGUGCACCAGAUCUGAAUAGACAGAAUAAUUGGUCUAGUGCAACCGAGACCGCUGAUGUCGCGCUAUCCGUUCUAAGGCGAUUUUUCGCCAAGUCGGCUGCUGCGGAGAAGAUGAUUUUGGAUAUGGAAAAUCUGGUGAACUUGUCAAAAAUGGGACCUGAAUCCGUUUACCAGGAACUUCGAUAUCCAUUGCCACCAUUUGAUCAGGGUCUUCAUCGCCACAGCCACCUGGCUGUUCAUAGCCUGAUCCGACAGUCUAAUUUUAUCGAUGGAGGGUAUGAAAUUUAUGAUGGUUGA